AUGACAAAGAAAUUCGAGUUCAACUGGCAAAUUGAGGUGCCAGAAUUUUUGAGAACCGGUGCGACAUUCGAUCGUUGGUAUGAAGACAAGGAAACUACUGAGUAUGAGCCUGAUGCUCUCUUCAAAGUCGACGAGUACGGAUUUUUCAUGUAUUGGAAGAGUGGUCCCAAGGACGGAGAUGUCAUGGAAUUGGCUCAGGUAUGCGAUAUCCGUUAUGGAGGAACCCCGAAAGAUCCUAAAUUGUGUAAUAAACUGAGCAAACAUGGAACCACGGAGCAAUUGGAUGCAAAAAGUCUCACCGUCUGCUCCGGCUUGGAUUACACAAAUAUUCACUAUGAGCACAUUGUCCUCAGUAGUCCAGAACAGGCGAAGGAAUGGCAAUCAGGCUUACGACUAAUCACGCACAAUACUAAAGCCAGCAAUGUCUGUCCGAUGACUCAAUUGAUGAAGCAUUGGAUGAGACUCUGUUUUUCUGUGGACCCGAAGGGAAAAGUCCCAGUCAAGGUCAUCGCCAAGACUUUCGCCUCCGGAAAAACCGAGAAACUCGUCUACCAGUCACUGGCGGAGGAGGGGCUUCCGAACGGAAAAAGCGAUAAAAUAGAUGUGGAAGCAUUCACCCUCGAUAAAUUCAAGUCCAUGUACUUCAAAUUGUGCCCUAGGAAUGAUAUCGAGGAAUUAUUCACGAGCGUAACAGGGGGAAAGAAUGAGAUCAGUUUAUCCCAACUCGUGAAUUUCAUGAACGAGAAACAAAGGGAUCCGAUGUUGAACGAGAUUCUGUAUCCCUUGUACGAUGAAAAGAGAUGUACGGAGAUCAUCAAUGAUUACGAGCCCGAUGAGAAGUUGCGAACAGACAAAAGAAUGUCGAAGGAUGGAUUCAUCAAGUACUUGAUGAGCGACGAGAAUGCCCCAGUAUUCCUGGACAAACUCGAAGAGUGGAUGGACAUGGACCAACCCCUUUCCCACUACUACAUCAACUCGAGUCACAACACCUACCUGAGCGGCCGUCAAAUCGGUGGGAAAAGUACUGUCGAGAUGUAUCGACAAGUGUUGCUGGCAGGUUGCAGAUGCGUGGAGUUGGACUGUUGGGACGGAAAAGGAGAGGACGAAGAGCCGAUAAUAACUCAUGGAAAAGCUAUGUGCACUGACAUCCUCUUCAAGGAUGUCAUUGUGGCAUUGAGAGACUGCGCAUUCGUCACCACUGACUACCCGGUGAUUCUCAGUUUCGAGAAUCACUGUUGUCUGAAGCAGCAGUAUAAGCUGGCGAAAUACUGCAAUGAUAUUCUUGGGGACCUUCUGCUGACUGAACCACUGAAAGAUUACCCAUUGGAGCCAGGCUGCCCUCUACCUCCUCCCAGAGCCCUCAAGCGCAAAAUUCUCAUCAAGAACAAGCGCCUGAAACCGGAAGUGGAGAAAGUCGAGUUGGAGUUGUUCAAGUCCGGGCAGUUCGAGGCGAAGGAUGAAGUGGUGGAGGACCCGAAUGCCCCUGCUGAGGCACCACCAGCAGAAGCCGCAGCUCCACCGCCUGGCGAAGGCGGGGAGGGGGCACCGGGCGAGGGGGGAGACGCCGCCGUCGCGACGCCCUAUGGCGGAAGUACUAUGGCCUGUCAUCCCUGGCUAUCGUCAAUGAUUAAUUACGCGCAGCCAAUCAAGUUUCAAGGGUUUGACGUCGCUGAGAAGAAAAAUAUUCAUCACAACAUGAGUUCAUUCUCCGAGACAGCGGCUCUGAAUUAUCUAAAAACAUCGGCAGUUGAAUUUGUCAAUUAUAACAAACGUCAGAUGAGUAGAAUAUAUCCAAAGGGUACGAGAGCUGAUUCAUCGAAUUACAUGCCCCAGGUGUUCUGGAAUGCUGGCUCACAGAUGGUUGCAUUGAACUUUCAAACGCCCGAUUUACCCAUGCAACUCAAUCAGGGAAAAUUUGAAUUCAAUGGAACAACUGGGUAUUUGUUGAAGCCCGAGUUUAUGAGGCGAGCCGAUAAGACUUUUGAUCCGUUCGCCGAGGGUGUGGACGGUGUCAUUGCCGCUUCCUGCUCUGUGCAGGUCAUAGCUGGCCAAUUCUUGUCUGACAAGAAACUAGGCACCUACGUGGAAGUGGAUAUGUAUGGUCUACCUGCAGAUACAAUCAAAAAGGAGUUUCGCACGCGUAUGAUACCGGCGAACGGUUUAAAUCCGGUCUACAACGAAGAGCCAUUUGUCUUCCGUAAAGUUGUACUGCCAGAUCUAGCUGUACUUCGAUUCGGGGUCUACGACGAGAGUGGAAAACUCUUGGGUCAAAGGAUCUUACCUCUGGACGGAUUGCAAGCGGGAUAUCGUCACAUAUCUCUGAAGACCGAAGCCAACUUCCCGAUGGCACUUCCCAUGCUGUUCUGCAACAUUGAAAUCAAGAUUUAUGUUCCAGACGGCUUCGGAGACUUUAUGGCGAUGCUGUCGGAUCCCGGUGGCUUCGCAAAAGCGGCUGAGAAGCAAGCGGAGAACAUGAAGAAUCUCGGUAUUCAGCAGACCGAGCAGAAGAAGAAGGAGGAGGGGCCCAAAUGGGAGGAAUUCAAACCCGAGCCAAUUACUCUGGAUUCAUUGAGGCGUGAAAAGGCAUACAAAUUCAGUAAAAAACAGUGCAAGGAGUUGGAUACCAUGAGGAAGAAGCAUAAGAAGGAGAAGGAGACUAUGUUAAAGGCCCAUUGUGCUGCAAUGGAAAAGUUGACGAAAGGAAAAGAUAAAAAUGCGAUAUUGGCAGACGCAAACGUGAAGAAAGUCGUAAAAGAACAGACUCAGCAAUGGUCGGAGUUAAUGGGAAAGCACAGGAAAGAAGAGUGGGAAAUGCACAAGGCGCAUAUUAACGCUGGUAAAGACGAAUUCAAGAAGGCUAUGGAGGCUGUGCAAGCUGCGCAGUUGAAACAAUUGCAGAUUAAACAAGACAAGGAUUCCAAGGAGCUGAACGCAAAUCAAGCGAAGGUGAAUGCCGAGACAGCGAAAGACGUCGCCAACGACAAAGCAUUGAAGACAAAGGGUGACAAGGAGCGUAGACUCCGUGAGAAGAAGCAGAAUAACAUAAAGAAAUUCACCGAGGAGCGAAAAACUUUGGGGAUCAGACAGGAUCGCGAAUCGAGUAAAAUAAAGACACUGCACGAAAAACAACUGGCGGAUUUGGACAAGACCAUAGAGAAUACUUUGGAAAUGUACAAUCAAGCCGCCAUGAACUACGAGAUAUCAUCAAAGUGCGAGUUUAUGGUGUAAACACGAUCGAUGAGCGAAUUUAUUUGAAUUAUUUGAACCCAAUGAUUCACGUUUUCCUGAAUAUCUAGGGAUCUUGAUCUGCUAGGGGAUUGAGUCAAGAUUUGCGCGAGCGCGAGGAAAAUUUCCGAUCCGAAACCCUGGUCACAAGCCCUUCCAUUCCCACAAAUGGUUUAGUUACGAUCAAAUAACAUAACAUUUAAAGUAGCUCUACCCUGACGGUAAAUUCAAAGAUUAUUGAAAACUGCAAGAAAAUUGCAGAAAA